UUUUGUCUCAGUACCGGAAGCGAGAAGCAUAGUUUGCCCGUAAGGGACGAGACUUUGUCCUGUGAAAGGCGGGAUGUAAGGAAUAGGCUCAAAGGCUUAACUGCCUCUGAGCUGGAUUGACGGCUGUAAGAUCCAGUCGCGUUCCGAGGCUCGACUAGGGGCGGGAGGGCUCGGUUCUGGCACGUCCGGUCGGAGUUUCAGUCGCCAGGUUAAGACGAGAGCCGGAAGCGGAAAUCGCCGCUCUGCUCUCGGGCCUCGAGCCCCUCCGCUCUCUCUGCUGCACUCUGGCCCUCUGCGGCGGGCACGGGGGCGGGGAGGAGUCUCGAGCCUCUUCAGUGCCGGGGGCGGCGCGGUCUGGGUUCUGGAACCUCCGCUAUGGAGCCCGCUGCGCCCGCGCUCACCGAGGAAGACAUGGCCGAAGUGAAAAAGGAUGCUUUAGAAAAUCUGAGGGUGUAUUUAUGUGAAAAAAUCAUAGCUGAGAGACAUUUUGAUCACCUACGUGCAAAGAAAAUACUCACCAGAGAGGACACUGAAGAAAUUUCUUGCAGAACAUCAAGUAAAAAAAGAGCUGGUAAGCUGUUGGACUACUUACAGGAAAACCCAAAGGGACUUGACACUCUGGUUGAAUCUAUUCGACGAGAAAAAACACAGAGCUUCCUGAUAGAGAAGAUCACAGAUGAAGUACAAAAACUAAAGAUUGUCAAACUUGAAUAUCUGAAAGGAUUGCAUCACAAUAGCUACAUGCCGCCUCCACCCGGAGCAACAAAUUGCCUAUCCAGGUUAGAUUCCAAUGAGGGCGACUUCUCUGAGAAAUUGAAAGAUGGAGAUGUCACUGUUGUUUACCACCCAGCGGGGGAGGCCAGCACGGCCUCUUUUUAUUCUAGCAAUGCAUCCUUUAAUUUGCCUGUGGUAGAGGUGGGCAGAAUCGAAAACAGUGUCUUCUCUUCAACUCCCCUUCCUGGGCCUGGAGACCCCGGAGCCCCUCCUCUUCCACUAGAAUCACAGGCAGAAGAAGAAGGGAACUCCAGUGAUAUGUUUCUUCCCUUAAGAUCACGUUCUUUUUGUCGACAAUGACGCUUACCACUUCUUUAAAAGUUAUUUCAGAAAUAUUUAAAAGGGUUUAUCAAACUUUGAGAAGUUACUGUAAAUGCUUACUAACAAGCUACUAUAGCAUUUUUAACAUUUUGUCAUGCUGUGUAAAUGGAGUAUGAAUGCAUUUUUAGGAAACUAACUAAGAAGCACAUUUUGAUUAUGCUGUUUACUUUUCCUGCUUUUUCAUUGUAGGAGUUUUAGUUUGGUGGUGUUUUGUUUUUUAUAUGACUUCAAUCGAAUUUUAUCCAUGGGGAACAUUUUUUUAAUAAUGUGGCCAAUUGAGUUGAAUUUGUUAUUACUAAGGCAAUGUUUUAUUUUAGGAUGUGUUCUGGAAGUGAUUAGGCCCCACUUGAGUAGUUCUCGCCAACAAUUGAGACUUCUCCCGAUAGAAUUUUCAGAGGUUUUCUGUAAUUGAACCUGUUGCUCACUGAUGAAGCUUCUGCUAACCAGCAGUAGCAUAGGUUUUGCCCAAAGUGUAGUAUGUGCGAACACAAAAUUCUUCUGUAAUGCAUAUAAUGCCUCUACCUCCUGAGCUAAUCUAUUGUGCCAGAUAUGCCCAUCAAGAGUGACUUUAAAGAUUCUUAUGUUUUUUAGUCAAUUUGUAUUGUUAAGACAAAAAGUUUUAUAACACAUCAGUCAUUAAUAUUUCAUACAGGCAUUUUAUGUUUUUAAUUUCUGUGCUUUCAACUUCUCCAGGUUAUUAUCUCAAGUGGAGAUACUCUUAGAAGAAAUUAUUUUCUUAAGGAAAUUCAGUCUUAUUCCACAUUGCUUGAAAUAAGUAGAGCAUUUGCUAACAAUCUUGUCAUGUGGUCUUGUCAAUUAUUAUAAUGAAAUGUCACAUCCCUUACUCAUUUGCUGUAUUUUAUCUCUUAUAUAAUUAAAUUUUUUAUUGUUUACUUAUCAAUUUGACACAUAAGAUUUUUCUUAACUAUAUUAAAUUUGCAGAAGUCAUUGGGCAGAAAAGUUGUUUUUAAGUUGAAUUUUCUUUAAGAAUCUAAAUACCUAUUUCCAUUUUUAAAGCAGUACACUAAGUCUAAUUUAUUUUCAAAUGUUUGUGAUAGGUGUAUUGCUAGAAAAUAAUUGUGAAUUUGUCAACCACAAACAAAAAUCCUACUAUGAUGUUUUUUCAUAAGAAUAUUCUGAAGAUUUAAUUUUUUGUCCACGUAUUACUCAUAACUUGAGACAUUUUGUUGCAAGAGAAAAACUGCCAUCUUUUAAACAGUUGAUUUACAGAGUAUUUGUUUUUUAAAUCUUCAAAUAAGCAAUAUUUUUCUCCUUAAAUAGUCUAUGUUUUCUAAAAGCUUUACAUACCAUACCUUAGUAUCUAUGUUGUUUCCCCACUAAAAUAAACAAAGCCUGCCUAUCGGCUAUAUACCAUUCUUAGAUUUUGAUAAUUGAAACCAGUGUCCCCUGAUAUCCUCUUUCCCCAAAAAAAAGUUCUUUGGGGAAAAAAAUAUAUAUAAGCUCUUUGCAGUCAAAAAUCAUAGAUCAGUAUAUUGGAGUUGAAAGCAAUUAUACAUUUUCCCCGGAAUACAUUUCCCCUCCAAAUAAGAAUCUCAUCCCAGUCUGUUCACAUUAUCUUUACCGUAGUGGUGGAUGAAAGGGGAUUUUAUAACCUGAUUCAUAAGAAACCAUGAACAACAUACAUUGGUCUCUCAUGUGAAGAAAACUACUAAGUGCUAUGGUGAUUAUACAGAAACUAUGAUAGGCAUCCAUUCUCUGCAGGAGUUUGCACUGUUAGAAAAAUUCAGUAUUUGCAAAAAAUAUAUGUUGUAUCUGAAGGAUUUUUUCUUAUUGGAUAUUACCAACUUAAUAUUUUCCUUCCUCCUCUCCUUACUCUUGACCAAACCUGCUGCUAUUAACAUUUAUAACUAGAAAUUUUUACUGGAAACUUGUAAAAAUUUAUACUUGAGAUCAAGAGGCACUACCUUCUCAAAGUCACAGAAAGGUUCCUGUGCUUAAGCUCUCAUGUACUCUCUUGACCUGGGAAGAUUUGGAAACAGCAUUUGUUCAUCAUAUAUCAUUAGCAAAAGUAUUCAUUUGGGCACAAAUUUAGUGUGAGAGAAUGAACAGAAUUAUUUGGGUUCCUCAGUAUUAUGAGGCCCAAUUUUCUUAAUGUGUAAAAACUAGAAAACUGACUGAUUUAUGUUUCCUUUCCCCAGCAGAGGGAGCAAUACAAAUUAUACAAAAACAUGCUUUUAAAUGAAAUCUGUAUCAACUUAUUUAAAUGUAUUCAGAGAAAUUAUUUGUAUCUAUACUAAAUCAUGUAAAUAUUAAAUUUUUUAAUGGCGUUGGUACACGAAAACAUUUUUCAUUAAACUUAUAAUGUAGAAAUUGAUUAUAUUUUUCUAGUAUCCUAGGAUAUUUGUCAUAGUGGAGCUUUAUUACUGAAGGAGAAAAAAACUAGUUUAUUUUUAAUUUUCCUGAGUUACCUAUAAAUUAAUGAAUUAUGUCCCACAUUUUCAAAAUAUUCACAGUGAUAUAUUUGCACUAAUCAUACUGUGAAAUGUAACUACAAUGAAAAAACAGCUAUGUAGAUUCAAAUUUUGGGGAAGAUCUCAAAUCUUUUAAGAUAUUUAAUAUACUAAAUGUUUAAUGUUCAAUGUUUAAGUAAAAGCUCAAUUAAGUGGGAAAUUCCUAAUCAAAGCGGUGUCUAACGAUCAUUCUAAAUACCUCAUUGUCAUUGUGUCACUGGAGCAAUACUCUAGAUGUUAAGUAAAGUUUAAAUUCAUACAUGCCACAGGGUACUCCCUGAGAGUUUAUGAAUUUUUAUGUGUGUGUGAUUUGGCCCUCUUCUGAAAUGUGCCUUGGCUAGACCUUGGGCAGAGCCAAUCAUUGACAUCAAUUUGAUUGACUUCCAGAGUUAGGGAUUUUUGUUCUUUUGAAAGGAGUCGGUUUUUAGUGAAAUUUUUGCAGAUUAUCUUUUAGUUUUUAAUAAGAUCAUUUGUAUUUCUGAAAAGGUAGCUCUUUCCAAUAUGAAGUGCCUCACAUUUUCAAGUUAGUCAAAUAAGGUUAUCCAAAGUUAAAGAAGUGCCUUUUUGACUUUUCUUGUGUUUUCUUUAACAAUUUUUAUCAGGUCAAAAUAUAACUAGAAGUCAAGAAUAUGAAAUGAAUAGCAUAAAAGGCAUUGAAUGUAAGAAUUUGAAGCAUAUGUAAUAUCAGUAUAAUUCAGUGGUGAUAUAUUUCUGAAUGCAAAAGUAUAUUUAAUAAAUAUGAAAAUCACUUUGCA